AUGGCCGAUUCGACUCGAAAGCAAACGCAGUCUGAUGGCACGCCCACUCAAUUUGAAGAAGAUGGUGUCUUUGUUGCUCUAACUCACGACACACUGGACGCCGUUGCUAUCAUGAAUAAAGUUCGAAGCCCAAAAGCUGGAGCUAUUGUCUUGUUCGCUGGAACAACUCGCGACAACUUCGGAGACAAACCCGUGGUACACCUGGCCUAUGAAGCAUAUGCUCCUCUUGCAAUCAGGACCAUGACCAAGAUUGCACGUGAGAUCAAGGACAAGCAUGGGCUGAACGGCGUGGCCAUGAUCCAUCGCCUUGGUGUCGUUCCCAUUGCCGAGGAAAGCAUUCUGAUUGCAGUGUCGUCACCACACAGGCAAGCGGCGUGGCGAGCAGGUGAGGAAGCACUCGAGUUGGCGAAGGAGAAGGUCGAAGUAUGGAAACUUGAGGAGUUUGGCGGCGAAGAGGGUGGUGUCUGGAGAGCCAACAGAGAUGGACAGGCAGGUGUGAAGAUCAGCAAUUGA